AUGAUUUAAAGACACUGUACUUUUAUGGACGGACAUGAUGAAAAACGGAUGAUUGAUGCUGUGGCUCACAAAACGGGACUUCAUUAAAACUCAAAGAGAAUUCAAGAAACAGUCGGGCGAGGGGUCAGAAACAAAGUGGGUAAGCCGGGCAGGGAGCCACAAUAACCAACUGAGGAAUAAGAGCAAGACCAGGUACAUAUAUACAAGGAUAAUAAGGGUAAGAUGAGGGACAGGUGAGGGUAGGACUCAAACAUUAGGAAAGAGAGAUGACCAGCGACCCCUGCUGGCCAGGCAGGGACCGAUCCUGACACUAUACAAGAUAUACUGGAUUACAAGAUACAGAGGAAAGUGGUUUUUAGGAGCAUACAGCCAAUUCAAAAAAAAUGUGUCUCUGUGACUAAUACAUGUCCCAGCAUCCUUUCCUUACAACAGCCUCUUAAAACCUUUUUUCAGCCUAGCUGGCCCCUUUUAUCAGUCCACCAAUGCAAAGGAAAGGCCGGCGAGAUGCUGUACCGCAGCCAUCCGCUAACUGUGACCCAGAAUUUUGUGGUGCCAGAGCAUAAUUAGCGCUGUUCUGCUUGGAAGCAGGGGAGCCGAAGGCCGUCUUGACGCUGGAGAGCCUCUUGAUGAGAUGUCAGGCACCGGCGAGUCGGCGGUUGUCAUCGGUGAAAGACGUGGCGCUGGUUCUCCAGCGCUGUGACGUUGUGUGACUCACUGUGAGAAGCGGCCAUCAGCUGACAGGGGCGUGAAUUAAUGGAUCACGUCGUAUGUAUUAAAAUGUGUUAAAGCUUCCUGGCAGGUGUGUAUGAGAGAGAAGUGGAAGUGACUCAAACUGUGGUAAAAAUGGGCAAAAAUGUAUGCAUUAUGAUAUCACACUGUAUAAUUUUGCGCAUGACUAAUUAACUGGAACUCACAUAGAAUGGUCCUAGCUGGGAAAUGCUUUCAGCCGUGUACAAUAACACUGAACGCGAUCCAGAAUCCCUGUUGGUAUUUUUAACCUGCGGAAUGUACCAUCUAAAUGGGAACAUAAAUCUAAUCGUUUAAUAUGUUGUUCCUGAUGGUGAAUCCAACAGGAAACCAGCCUUAAUAGCACUGACUUUGUUUCCCUAAGUUGUAGCCUAGCCUUAUUUUAAGCAUAUUUGUUGUCUCUUUAGUGGUGUUUUCCAAAUGACAUGUGCUUCUGGGUAUCAGGAGUGAAAACCAAAAGGCAUAGGAAGAAGUUUUAAAGAGCUAAACGUGUUAGAUGGCAAAAGAUAACCAGGAAGUGCAUUUUCUGUGAUGAGAAAAAUACGACUGAUGAUUUGAAGAAUGCGUUCUUGCUCGUGAAAUCGGUUCCACUGCUUUCUUCUCAGUGGUCUUUGAAUAAGCAUUGCUUAUGUCCAGGGAAUCUCCAGCUACCACCGUCACCAGUGAGCGAACAUCCUUCCUGGUGUGGUGACGGGCGAUAGUGCUCGCAGCCUUUGUGGUGCCCUAGGCGAGCAUCACCGCCGGCGCCCCCUGCCCGAGAAGAAGUGAAGUCAUCAGAAGAUGGCGCCCUAGGAGGCUACAUGUGUCACCUAAUGGAUUGGCUGGCAUUGGUGAAGAGGAUGGGGAUGUUGUAAGGUGCAGCGUACUUGACUGGGCACUUGUCCAUGAGAAUAAGGAUUGCAACUGUUCUGAGAUCAGCCUUUGAGGUGAAACCCACCCGACGACCACACCAAACAUGCUGCCACACCUACCCGUUAUUUACAAGGACUGCCCCGCAAUUGGCCGAGCCCCAGCGUGCGCACGAAAGCUUUUAUCUCUGCCACGCUCCUCUCUCUCUCGCUCUCGUGCCGUACCGAGCAGCUGGGCCGGUUACUAUGACACUAUUGGGUGCUUUCCCGACCCCGGCCAAUGGAAACGGAGUGCAGGCGUCAGCUGGUGGGGGAGCUAUUUUGAACAGGAGCUGUGAAGUGAAGCAGGCAGCUAAAUUAGAGGCAGAGCCCAUUGACAGGGAUAGACAGAGAGUGAGAAAGAGAAAGACAGAGAGAGACAGAGAGAGAGAGAGAGAGAGAGAGAGACGGGAGGCAGGGGGGGGUGGCGGCAGAGAAACCACUCUGCCAGGUUGGCUCCCGCCCAGACUUGCUCUUUGCUUCCAUCCACAUAGUUAAUCAGUAGGUCCCAGAUGGAGCAUCCGCAGGCCGGCCUCCCUCCAGAGUCCUUCUGCACUUCAUGCAUUUCAUAAACGACCGACUGGCUUCCACGUUCUCAGUUCCGUUUUCUGGAUAAAGGCAGUGUAGCUGUCGGUGCACACCCCCCCCCCCCCCAUUCCUCUCCUUUGCCGCCCGGCGGACUUGUUGCGGCACUUGGAUUGGCGACGCCCCCUUCUCCUGCUUCUUCUGCGUCCCUCGGUCGAGCCUCAUGUCGGGAUGUACCUCUACGGGCUAGAUGACUCAGAGCCGGGCUCUGCAGACUCCUACACAAGCCGGCCCUCAGACUCAGAUGUGUCCCUGGAGGAGGAUCCCGACGCCCUGAGGAAGGAAGCCGACCGACAAGCCCUCGCCACACUCGAGAAAGCCAAGACCAAACCUGUGGCCUUUGCCGUGCGGACAAACGUGGGCUACAACCCCGGUCCCAACGACGAUGUCCCCGUACAGGGCAUGGCCAUCUCCUUCGAGCCCAAAGACUUCCUGCACAUUAAAGAGAAAUACAACAACGAUUGGUGGAUCGGCCGGCUGGUGAAGGAGGGCUGCGAGGUGGGCUUCAUCCCAAGCCCUGUCAAGCUGGAGAACACCCGUCUGCUGCAGGAGCAGCGGAUGCGGCAGAACCGCCUCAGCUCCAGUAAGUCUGGGGGGAGUUCCAGCCUCGGAGACGUCGCCACGGGAACACGGAGGCCAACUCCACCUGGCACUGCACCUGUGGAAAUGUCCACAGUGACUUUCGAUGUUGACCCCCUGGACCUGGAUGCAGAGGAGCCCCCAGAAGCGCAGGCUGAGUCCCGCUCCCCUAGGUCCAGUGGGGGCAGCGUGACCUCCCCACAGGCCAACGCCCACCGUCUCCCCUUUUUUAAGAAGAUGGAGCAUGUGCCCCCAUAUGACGUGGUACCUUCCAUGAGACCCAUCAUCCUGGUGGGCCCCUCCCUCAAAGGCUAUGAGGUGACGGACAUGAUGCAGAAAGCUCUCUUCGAUUUUCUCAAGCACAAGUUUGAAGGCAGGAUAUCUAUCACACGGGUGACGGCGGACAUCUCCCUGGCCAAGCGAUCUGUGCUGAAUAACCCCAGCAAGCACACCAUCAUCGAGCGCUCCAGUACCCGGUCCAGCCUGGACGUACUGGCUGAGGUGCAGAGCGAGAUCGAGCGCAUCUUUGAGCUGGCCCGCACGCUGCAGCUGGUGGCCCUGGACGCCGACACCAUCAACCACCCGUCCCAACUAUCCAAGACCUCUCUGGCCCCCAUUAUCGUCUACAUCAAGAUCUCCUCCCCCAAGGUCCUCCAGAGGCUCAUCAAGUCGCGGGGGAAGUCCCAGGCCAAACAUCUGAAUGUGCAGAUGGUGGCAGCAGACAAGCUGGCCCAGUGCCCCCCGGAGCUGUUUGACAUCAUCCUGGACGAGAACCAGUUGGAAGAUGCUUGCGAGCACCUGGCCGAAUACCUGGAGGCCUAUUGGAAAGCCACGCACCCCCCCAGCAGUAACCCCCCCAACCCACUGCUGAACCGCACCAUGGCCACUGCUGCCCUGGCUGCCUCGCCCGAACCCGUCUCAAAUCUGCAGGGGCCGUAUCUGGUGCACGGAGAAGUGAAGCAUGACGGGCCUCUGUCGGAGCGCGCCGGGCUCCACGACUACCAGGGCGGCACGGCGGGGAGGCCACAUGCCCCGGAGCAGGCCUACCUCCGCAGCAGCUCCUCGCGGGCCCAGCUGCGGGCCGCCGGAAGCCGGGGCCUCUCCCGGCAGGACACCUUCGACUCAGAGACACAGGGCAGCAGGGACUCGGCCUACACGGAGGCCGGCGACUCCUGCAUGGACAUCGAGACGGACCCCUACGAGGAGACGGAGCCCUACUGCGGGGCAGGUGGCCGUCCGCGCCCGGGCCUACGCCACAGCCUCCAGGCCUCCCUGGAGGACGAGGGUGCCGAGCCGGACCAAGAGAACCUAAACCGCCCGGCCCACCACGAGCAACAUGCCCGAGGCAAGCCCAGGGAGCGAUACUGCCAGGAUCCGGGAGAUGCCGGCAACACCCUGGGCCGCAACAAGAAUCAGGAGGACUGGGGGCGGGACGUCUACAUUCGCUAGACCUACUAUUGGAUGGGAGGCUGACUGACAGACAGGAAGUACGGCCAAUGGUGUAGCCGGUUAGUCCUGGCAAUCCGAGUAAACAGUGGCUUCGAAAUAGGCUAGUUUUACAAUCCUAAAAUAAGUUAUUUCUUAUUUUUUAAUUAUUUAUUUAAACAAUUGGCAGGCAUUGCAAGAUAAUGAUUUAUUGGUUACUACUGCAUGAUACCCAUUUUAUCCCAGAGUGUCAGAUUCCUUUAAAAACAAGUGUAGUGAUGCAUUUAUUUUAUAUAUAGCUUUUAAAACCCAGGUUUACAGCACAGGAAGUGGUAUACAUACACCAGAGAAGAAAUAUACGUUAUGGACGUAAAUUGAAAAUGAAAAAAAAACAAAAACAUUUUAAACGUGGAAAGUUAGCAAGAAACGGGAGUGAGAACAAAACCUUGAACUUGGACGACGUCUAUAACGGAGUUUCACGUCUAUAACGGAGCUGAGCAGAAGAUUCUAGAUCCAACAGGUUAGGACUACAAUAUUAUAGCUGCUAUGUUUUAAAUUACUUUAAAAGUGUUAAAAAUGUGGUCGCUGUUAUGCAGAACAGGAGGAAAUGGGUCAGGUCUGUCCUCUACCACGUUAACCAGGAUUAACUAUUCUGAGCUCUGUGUUUCAGGGUCUUUUUGACUCCAGCAGGCCACCAUCCCAUUUUUAAUCAAGUCAGACUUUUCCCAUUCUGUGAAGGGAAAGGUCCCAGUUGUUAAAUUGAUCUCAUUUUUAGUCACAAAAAAGCUAGUUUGGAGUAAAGGAAAACAAAACUGAUCCAAAGAUUGUAUCUAGUAUGAACAGACCUGCUUUCUGGUGUUUGGUUGUCUUAUUAGCUUCCGGCCGCAAGGGAGAUGCUGAUCUCCUGCUGCUUUGCCCCCCUCCUCAUAUUGCCCCCCUCCUCUAAGCUCCAGCUUGGCUAUGAUCAUAUUCAUCACUUGCCAUCGGACUCACUCACGCAGCGCUAAGAGACCCGAACUCACACACGCACUUCUCUGUGUGUCCUUAAGGUGAAAACCUGGCGCCGUAGAGCAAUCCAUAUCGGCAGACUUUUUUUUUUUUUUUUUUGGUACAUUUGUCGGCCCAUUUGGACCUGUGGCGUGAGGCCUGUUGCGGGAAGCACAGUGAAGGGGCGGGAACACUCACACACAUGUUCACGCACAUGGACACGUGUUUGCCAACUUGGACAACUAGUCACGGAGUGUCACAGAGCUGGGCCCAGUGUCAAGCCCUCAAUGCUACCCAUCGGACAGUCAUGUGACAUUUGUGUGUUUACCUCAGUACCUGAGGUCUAAGCUGAUGUCUAAGUCCCAGUGUCCACAUCACGCCACUUUUCAGCUGCUCUGGACACUGUCACACUACGUCACCUCGAUUACUUGGGUCACCACGGGUGUAAAUCAACAGACUGACCUUCACAAGUGUCUAAACAGAAAGUUCCUGUAUUUCUUCACUGGACUCCUAUUCAUAAUCUUAUUUCUUGAAUAGUAAAUAUUGAGUUACUGUUGCAGUGGUUGAAAGGGAAAAUAUGUGGCUAUAUAGCAACAUUCAUUUCUCUUUUCUGACCCGUUUUUAAUUUGUGGUUAAGUAAUUAUUUUAGCUAUUAUUUCAACAGAAAACAAAAGAAAUUGCUGAACAGAUUAUAAUGUUAGGAGCAUCAAAAUUAACAAUAAAAAAUGAACUUGUAACAAGGGAGAAAGUGUGUCGAUACACUGCAGACCAGAGACUUUCCCGGCCCUUUAAAAUAUUUAUAGGCCUAUGUAAAAAAAAAAGAAUGAAUCACAGUGGGAAAAGUAAGGAAGUUGUUUUCACAUUGUUCCACCUGGAGGACUGGAAGGAGCAUCUGUAAAUACCAAGGACUGCCACUGAACCGUGUACCAACACGUGAACUGUAGACAGCCAGCACUGCAGUCUAACGAGUUUGCCUGCAGGAGCAAGACAGUAACAGAGACAAAAUACAUAAAAGAGCUCUCGUUUCCUCAAGGAUCUCAGCAGACUGACUCAUAGGUGGAGGUGUGGUGAGAGUGAACGGUGAAUAUUCUUAUCUAGGUCUCUGAAAAGGUUCAAAUGGCUUCCUGUGGACACUUUGCCCCGUCAUCUGCAGCAGAAGUAAAACAAAAAAACACCUUUUAAAAAAAUAAAAUAAACCAGCAUGUGCCGCUUGUUUACGUAGAUUUAUCAGAACCACCUGUAAAAAAAAAAAAAAAAAAAAAAAAAACCAGGCGUGUCCCUGAGAAUGUACCUUAAUGUUCUCGCCAACAUCACAUAAGGCUAACGUAACAUUACACAUAGGAAAUUAAUGCGUAGACAACAUCCUGAAGCCUUAAUCAUAAAACUCUGAAUGUCUGCCGGACCUUAACUGCCUUCAGUAAUCAAGUGCUUUGAGAGGCAUGCAGACUUCAGAAGCCAAAGCCUUAGAUAAACCCUUUUUGGCCCUGACACAAACAAGUGUAUUUAACCAUACGUAUCUCUUGGAUGUUAGUGGGGAAAAUAUAAUUUACCUCUGAUGAGGUCCAAUGUGAUCUAAGGCAUUGAGAUGAUGCUCCCUGGCCAUUGUAUCCCAAACAAUGAAAUUACAAAGUAUUUAAAUAUACCAUAAUGGUACAAGUACUCAACAUUACUCAGUAAUACCUUUAGUCUCUUAGCAACAGGUCAGGUUUCCAAGCUCUGUAGGACAAUAAGGGUGAUAAGUAUUGUUGCCUCUGUCAAAAGAGAGUACUGAGAAGGAUUGCCUAUCGCUCAACCACGGUGAUGUCAACUCAAUGAAGGAUCGUGAAGAUUGUCUUCACGAGAGCAUGUCCAAGGCAAAUCCUUCUGCGGAACACAGCGAAGGACCAGCCCUGGCCUAACUCUAGAUUUGAGCGGCAGCCGUUCUAACCGAAGACAGAAGGACGCACACGACCCAUACUGGAAGCGGCCAUCAGACUCUGCUCUACCUGAAACCUUUCCUGAGCUGUAGAGUCUCCAUUGGUCCAUGACGUCGCUGCUCACCAGAUCGACAUAAUCAUCAUUUCCUGAUUGAGAUCUAAUCCAAUAGACAGGAUGUACCUAAAAAAAACGAGAGAAAAAAACGCGUUCUAACCAAGCGGGCCUUUGUGGUUUUGUUACGUCUUACUGUUUUAUGUAUGGAUAAAAAGACAUAGCUUCUCUUAAGGCUAGUACUGUACACAGUUGAAAUAAGUGCCUGUUCAGUGAUGAUUUACUGUCAGUGGUUCUGGUCGUCAUGUUUACUGCGCUUAAAUCAGACAGAGUAAUGCUGAUGGAAAUACCCUGUACUUUUAGGUGUCACUGGUCUGGAAUCCGUCUCGAUUAGGUCCUUUUACAGAUCAGGUUAGCGUUGGUCUCUCAGCCGAUGGAAUAAAAGACUGAUAUCUUUUGUGAUGGAAAUAUUAAAUACAAUCAAUAUCUUCUUAAAGUGA